AUGGGCUUGAAAGUCACUGGCGGCGCUAUAGCUGCGGCCACGCUUCAUGUUCUCAGGCUAGCGGCCGCAGCGCAGCCGGGCGCCGUCCAACCGGUCCCUGGGCCCAUGCGAGACCUGGUCUGGGGCAAACUCAAUUUUCUGCACACUACCGACACGCAUGGCUGGCAUGCUGGCCAUCUGCAGGAAUCGCAGUACUCGGCAGACUGGGGCGACUAUGUCUCGUUUGCCGAACACAUGCGCAAAAGGGCCGACGACAACGGCGUCGACCUCCUGCUCGUUGACACAGGUGACCGCGUCGAGGGCAACGGAUUGUACGACGCUUCGAGUCCCAAAGGCAAAUACUACUAUGAUAUCUUCCGCCAACAGCACAUCGACAUAAUAUGCACUGGCAACCAUGAGCUCUACCAGGCCGCGACCGCUGAUGGCGAGCACUUGCGCACCGUGCCAAACUUCAAAGACAACUACAUCGCAUCCAAUCUCGACUACAUAGAUCCCAGGACCGGUGAGAGAAUGCCAAUGGCCCAAAGGUAUCGCAAGUUUCAGACCAAGCAUCAGAAACUUGACAUUGUAGCCUUUGGUUUCCUUUUCGACUUCACUGGCAACGCAAACAAUACUGUCGUGCAACCCGUUAGGCAGACUAUCAAGGAGACAUGGUUUCAGCACGCCAUCAGAGAGAAGACGGACCUGUUUGUCGUGAUUGGCCAUGUGGGCGUGCGGAUGCAAGAAUUCCAGGAUAUCUUCAGGGCGAUCCGGGACCAGAAUCCCGCCACCCCGAUCCUUUUCUUUGGAGGCCAUGUCCACAUCCGAGACGCGACUGCAUACGACUCGCGGUCGUUUGCGCUUGCUAGUGGGAGAUACCUCGAGACUAUCGGCUGGAUGUCGGUUGAUGGCGACCUCAAGAGCACCGAGGCGCCCCAAGCGAAGACUGCGCUGCGUUUCAACCGUAGAUAUAUCGACAACAAUCUCCUGGGGAUGUACCAUCAUACGGGUCUCGACAGCAAGACGUUUCCAACCGAGCAUGGGCGCAAUGUGUCGGCCAUGAUUGCCAAGGCACGCGACGCGCUGGAUCUCGAUUACGCCUUUGGCUGCUCUCCCAAGACUUACUGGAUGACUCGAACCCCUUACCCAGGAGAGGACAGCAUCUACAGCUGGCUAGAGGAGGAGGUGCUCCCUGACAUAGCGGUCAACGAAUCGCGGAAAGAUAAACCACGCCUGGUGAUAGCCAACACGGGUGCCAUUCGCUUCGACAUCUUCAAGGGCGCUUUCACCCGGGACACAACGUACAUCGUCUCGCCUUUCCUCAGCGUGCUUGCCUACAUACCUGAUGUUCCUUAUGCCAUGGCCAAGAAGGUUAUCAGGUUAUUGAACGGCGCUGGCCAGAUCAUGGGGCCAGAGUUGAUGGACAACCGGUUCAUGGCGAUACCGGAGCAGCUGGCCAUUCAUGAGUCUAUAAUUCAUCAUCAAGUGCCCGAGUCUGGCGCCCACUCAGACGCGCAACAAAAGCCACUUGCAGAUGGCCAGGAUAGGAUACCCUUGACGGAAGGGUACACCACCAGGGACGACAUUGGUAGUGACGGCGACGAUACCAUUCAUGCGGGCAUCAACUUCUAUAUGGUGCCAAACUGUAUCCAGGCCGAGGUGGCAUUCCCAUCCAGUGGCGAUCCCCCCGAAACCGUGGACCUCGUCUUCUUGGAUUUCAUCACGCCCUGGGUGCUGAUGGCACUGAGGCUCAACGGAGGCGAUUACCACAGGGACGACGUGCAGCUCUAUGUGGAAGGGACUUUUACCGAAUUGAUGGCCGGCUGGAUAGAAAAGAACUGGCCGCGGCGUUGUUAG